AUAUGAGAGCUGCCGAAAACGGGCCACCUCGCUCGGCAGGAGUUCAAGAGACGGCUCGAGAAGGACUCCGAUGCUCGGGAAGCUUUCGAACGCCAAGUCCUCGAAGAGAAUGUUCGCCGUGAAGCUCUCCAUCAAUCUCGUGUGGCCCCUGAUUCUCCCUCUGAGCUGAUUGAGUACUUUCUUGAUACCGAAGCACAAGAUAUCAAGUUCGAGAUCACAAGAUUGAGGCCAAGAUGUCAGCAGAUGUGGCUAGAGCUCACGGUGGAGACGCUGGCGGUGAUCCUCCACCGGAUCCUACUAGGAUCCCGACUACAUGCGACUCAGGAAUCCCAAUUAAGAGAAAGGGUCGUGGCGCAGCUAUUGGAAAAGAUCUAGAGGAGAGGCGGCGUAAAAAUGGAAAACCACUGGAAGUAACGUUUUGCCCACGAACGUACAAGGUUGUUGGGAGCGAGCACGCUGCUUUUGUCCGCCUUGUGGGAACCCAAAUUAAAACGAAAGUUCCCGGACAUUACGGUUCAUGGGAAUUAGUGCCUCAACAAUACAAGGAUCAGAUCCUUGCCAUAAUUCAGUACUAUUAUCAAAUAGCGGGCCGCGAGGAUUUCUUAAAGUGUUUAAAUGGUAUCGAUCGAGAGAUGAAAGACCGAUACCGCAAUAGGAAAACACUAAGACACGAACACUUUGAGAAAUACUACAAUGGACCGGAGGAUUGGGAUAAGGUUCUAAACAACCCAACCAAUGAUGUUAACAAGGAGGAGUGGAAGCAGAUUUGUCAGUUAUUUACAAGUCCACAAUUUAUUGCGCGCUCCAUAAAGAAUAAGGAAAAUCGGAAGAAACAAAAGUAUUCUACAACACAGGGUACAAAAUCGCUGGCAGCCGUCCGUUUUGAAAAAACGAACCCGGACCUCAUUGAGUCAUGGAAGGAUUAUCAUUGGAAGAAAUCAAAAAAUGAUUUCGUGAACGAUGAUGCUCGCCAAGAUUAUGAAAAAUUGAAGGCUGAUUUUGAGUUACGAACUCAGCAAACAUCCACUGAUGCUUCUAAUAAUGAUAGUCCGUCAUCAGUUGAUCAGGAGGAGGUGCUACAAAAAGUAUUAGGCCAAAGGCGUGGACAUGAGCGAGGAGUGGGCCGCAAAUUGAAGGGGUCGGGGUCGAGGUCGGGGUCGAGGUCAUCAUCUACCCAACACUCUCACUUCAGCGAGUCUCAAGUUCCUCCUCAUCAUUCAAGAGAAUAUAUAGAAAAUCUGGAGAAUAAUUUACAGAAAUUGACUGAUCAAGUUAAUUUCUUAACUCAAUAUUUUGUACCUUCAUUUCGUCCACCAAACGUUCAGAUGCCGCAUGUGCCUGAUAGUGACAAUACUUCUAGGGCUUCGUCUUCUCAACCUCCAGCUCCAACUCAUCCUUCUAUGUACGGGACAGCGUCGUCUUAUCAUAUGGUACCUCCAUAUAUGUACGGAGCAACACCUUAUCCGUGUCCGAUGCCACCGCCCUCCCAGCCAUCGUAUCCCUACAUGUAUGGAGCUGGAUCGUCCACAUUACCUCCCCAAUAUCCUUGGCCGAUGCCGCCACCGCAGCAAUCACAACCACAGCCACCGCAACAACCACAACAAGAAGACAAUAGGGAGGAGGACGAGGCAACUGACUUAGGAGACUAAGUUUAUAUUUUUAUUAAUUAUUGUUAAAUUUUAUGAAUAAUAUGAAUAUUUGUUAUGUUAAUGUAUUAUGAAUAUUUACAAUUGUUAUUUUAAUAUACUAAUUUGAAUAUUUAAUAUAAUAUUUUUAUUUUUAAUAUAUUU